CACACCACCCCCCGCUGCCACAGCCUCCACCACGACACGCCCUCGAGUCCACGCCACGCACACCGACACCGAGCUGCUCUGCCGCCCCGCACCUGCUCCAGGCGACUCCUGCAAGUCAGCUGAAGACUCAAGACGCCUCUUCAAGUUGCUCGAAGAUUUGUACCUCCAGCGUGUACUCAGGCGUGAGGCGAGGCUUCAUCCACCUAGCGUACUUGCCACCUGCCUGUCCCCGCCGCGGCACAGGUGUGAGGACCAGCUACCCCCAUCCCGCAGGUCGGGAGCGGCGGCCCCCACAGCUAACCGCAGCGGCAGGGAGGCGAGGCACGAGCGUGACUGACGGACUGACUUGAACUCCCGCGACCGUCACCGUACACGGGAGAUGUUCUCUGUCCUGGACUCAAGAGCAGGAAUGGCGUGGUUGGUGGCGGCGACUGUGCUGGCUGUGGUGGUCAGCGUAGCGCGUGCUGACGCUGGACACUUCUUCGCAGAGACUCCCAAACACCUGCCCAGGAUCGGACGGCGAGGGGACCUUCCGCCCUUGACCACGUUGCUAUCAGAGGAGGACGCCCGAAGCUCCGGCGCAGGCACUCGGAGCAUGACGGAGGCACUGGCGGGGCUGGACAGUGAUGGGGACGGCUGCAUUGGAGUAGGAGAGCUGCUGCGCAUUCCUGCAGUGAGGGUAGCACUACUCCUACAGAACCCCGCCCUCCUAACCCCCGCCAACCCCGCCUCUCCAGAAGCUGACGGACACGCCACCGAGGACACCUUUGCCUCAGAUCGCCGACCUGAACCCCGGCUCCUGCGUUACCUGCAGAAGUGAGGGUCGAGCGCCGCCCGAAGGAGACUGGAAGGAGAGGCAGCGACAACAACGAGGAAAGACACCGCCAGGAGACUCCACUGUGAGGAAGCAUUCGUAACAUGAGGUAAAGCUCAAAUACGCGUGAAGAUAACGUGACAUUUCUAAUCUCUCUCAUCUUACGCAAAAGAAUAAAGAUUAGACGAAAGGAAAAGGAUGCCAGCAAUCAACAAAUCUAUAACAAUGUAGAAAAUACUAACCAUAUAUGAAUAAUUACGACAAGGAUACGAAGUAAGAAAAGAAAAGAAACGGACUUUCACACGAACAUCCUUGGACGGCCGAGAUAAGGAGGAGAUGAAGAGACAAACAGUGAAUACAGUCAAGGAAGAGAUCAAUGAGGCAAGGCAAAACUGUCCUUGAGAACCUGAAAACGUUGAUGUGCUUCCUGUUAGCCACACAUACUCACCGUGCCAGCAGCAACAUCCCGCGCGUGAUAAACAAUAGCAAGCAUCUGAGAGUCGUGUUUGAGCACUAAGUGGGCCAAGGGUUACAGGGAGGGAAGGGGAGGUAUAUCUAAAGAAAAAUACAACUUUCUCUUCACGUUUCCUUUUUUUUUUUUUCACAAUGUUACGCUAUUCCUUAAACUAUCUUAUUUAUGUCUAUAUUUAUUAUUUAUAGAAUGUGUCUAUUUAUUAAAUGUUUCAAUCUUGGUGUAUCGGA